UGAUAUAUGUAGCUUCACCAAUCUCUGAUCUCUCUCUCUCAAAACUUGAACUUGAGAGUUCUCAUCUUCUUCUCACUCACCUAACUUCUUUUCCUUUCAAGAAAGUGAUUAUAUAUGGAUCCGACUCUAUUUGAGGCUGCCAAGAAUGGGCUUAGCGAUUCUUCUCGGAGCACUUUCGAAAAAGUGGAUCCAAAGGCUCAAGUGACCAUCCGAAAAGACACUAUUAUGCAUGUAGCGGUCAAACAUGGAAACAAAGAAUCAACACAGCAAAUCCUAGACUUAUAUCCAUGGCUCCUCCAUGAGACCAACCUCAGCGGCGACACUCCGCUCCACAUCGCGGCAAGGUUAGGGCAUUCUGACUUGGUGAAGCUAAUUACUAGCUCUCUUAAAAACGACCAACGAGGAGGAUCAGCUGAAGCAGGAACAUUUCCACUCCGAGCUUUGAAUGAGAAGAAAGAUACAGCGUUGCACAACGCAGUGAAAUAUGGACACUCUGAUGUGGUCAAUUCACUAAUCAAGGAAGAUCCAGGCUUGGUUUAUAUCAGCAAUGAUUCGGGGGAAUCACCUCUGUUCAUAGCUGUGGAUAAAGGAUUUCACAAAAUUGCUGUCUCCAUCUUAGGUUCCAUCUCUGAUUGGUCUGGUAGUUGCGGAUCGGGGAGGGAUAACAUGACUGUGAUGCAUGCAGCAGCUGACUAUCAAGUGGUUGUGACCAAACUAUUACAGAAAUGUAAUGCUGAAAUCUUAGAAGAAAAGGACAAACGUGGAAGGACAGCUCUUCACUACGCUGCAUACGUCGGAAAUAGCAAAGUUGUGGAGCUAUUUUUGAAGCAUAACAGAUCCAUUGCUUACAUUAAGGACGACAAAGGCAUGUCAGCAAUGCACAUUGCUGCAAUGAAAGGGCAUAUUCAUGUGAUAAACGAACUGGUUAAGCAUUGCCCAGAUGUUUGUGAGUUAUUGGACAAUAACAACCAAACACCUUUACAUGUGGCCGUUCGAAGCGGAAGAGAAGACACAGUAAGGAAUUUUCUGCAUAGAAGUGAUCACUUUGAUGGUAUUAUGCCUAAUGAGCAAGACAACCAAGGAAAUACGCCAUUGCAUGUAGCUGCUCUUAAUGGGCACCUUGGUAUUCUAAUUAUGCUAGCAAAAGACCCCAGAGUUGAAAAAAGAGCUAGCAAUCACAAGGGGAAGACUGUUAUUGAGAUUAUUCAAUCAAGUACGCAGCUGCCUAUUAUUAACAAGCGUUUCUCGAUAGGCUGUUUAGCAAUAUUAGGAGAAGAAGAGAGGUUGGAAAAAAGAUUUGACAGUGAAAUUACAAGGACAAGCUUACCAAAUGAAGAUCUGAAACCACAAUCACCGAUCAACUUAUUAGAUGGUACUCAGAGUAGUGAUGAAGAAGAACAUGAAAAACAUAGGAAAGAAGAUGGUAACAACAACAGCAGCAAUAAGUCUUGGGAUAAGAACCUAGUCGAAGUCAACUUAUUAGUGGCCACAAUCAUAGCCAGCAUCACAUUUGCCGCAGCUGUUUCAAUGCCUGGGGGCUACGGCAACCCAGAUGGCAUGCCAAUCUUACGAAAAAAACUCGAUUUCAAAAUCUUUUUGGCACUUGAUUCUGUGGCUUUUGGCUUGGCAGCUGCCUCUAUGAUUAUCCACUUUCUGUUUGUGUCCUUUUCAAAACUGUUGGGGAGAACUUUAUCCUAUCCUUUUUGGACAAUAAUGCUAUUGACAUACUUUUCCAUCGCAUUUACAGUGUUUGCAUUCGUUGAAGCCUUUCAAGCCUCCCUGAAACAAACAUCUGGGUCUCUUCCAGCAAUCUGCGCUCUACUCUCUUUCACUAUCCCAUUCAUUAUUUAUGCCAUUCCUGUUUUUGUUCAAUAUAACCGCCACAUAAUAAUGUACAUCAAGGCCUUAUUAACAAGAGCAUCAAGGCCUCAGUAACAAGAGCGAUCAAUUAUAUGUAUUCAGGGCCGGACGUGAGUAGUAGGAGAACUUAUAUAAAAUUUUAAAGUCAGUAAAAUAAAUGACAUUUUAAAAAAAUUUAGAGCCCAUUGUGUGGGCCCUAGGCACAGGGUUGGUCCUUGUGCAGGGUCGGGCCUGUAUGUAGUUAAAAGAAAAAUAUAUAUGUAUUUCCCUUUCUUUUCUUUUCUUUUUUUCUUAAUUUUUUAUUGUCUCUUUUGGUAAUUAAACCAACACAAUGAACCAGAUCCUACAAUCACAUAAGAACGGAAAAACA